AUGCGCGGAACGGUGGCCUUCGCGGCAAGAGCCUGGCAUGGCAAUGGAGCACUGUUCUCCUCCAUACAGCCGCGCAUGACGACAAGCUCGCCCAUAUCAGUGCUAUCAAGAGCAUUCAAUACCACGAAGUCUGCAUCCACUUGCAAGUCUACCUCUACAACACUGUGUGCGAACCGAUGUGCGUCAUCGCUGUUCCCCACCUAUACCGCCCUCCGUUGUGCGCCAGCAGGCACCACGCGCCGCAAUGUCUUCCAACAGCCCGCGCGCAUGUUCACAGCAUCGAUAAUUCUGGCCGACGCACAGGUCAAGACGCCAACGAGACAGCGGAAAUCUUAUAAGCAGGAGAUGGAGGAGAAGGGUGCUGUAGAUCUUGAGGAGAAUGACGGCGAGCCCGAGGAGUCUCAAGGCUUUGUCAAAUCGGAAAAGGCAACGGCAGCACGCCAGGUGAACCUGAGCGCAAAGCUGAGUAAAGAGGGCGCAUCGCAGUCCAGCAGCGGCAUGGGAGAAGUCUGGCGGCUGAUCAAGAUCGCCCGACCAGAAGCAGGCACACUCUCAUGGGCAUUCGUCUUCCUUCUGUUCUCAUCUGCUAUCUCUAUGUCGAUUCCCUUCUCGAUCGGUCGCAUCCUGGACGCUGCUACUAAAGCCGAGGAAACCGAUGGUCUCCUCUUCGGCAUGGACAUGUCAACAUUUUAUAUUGCGCUGGCUUCGGUACUUUGCGCGGGUGCUGCAGCCAACUUCAGCCGUAUCGUAAUUUUGCGCAUUGUAGGUGAGCGUAUUGUCGCUCGCCUACGGUCCCAGCUGUACCGCAAGACCUUCGUUCAGAACGCCGAAUUUUUCGACGCAAAUCGCGUGGGAGACCUCAUCUCUCGCCUCGGUUCAGAUACGAUCAUUGUUGGAAAGAGCAUCACGCAGAACCUAUCGGACGGUCUGCGCUCACUCGUCAGUGGUGCUGCUGGAUUCGCCAUGAUGGGUUACGUCAGUUUGAAGCUUACGGGAAUCCUCGCGUUGAUUGGUCCUCCUGUUGCCGUAGUUGCCUUUCUCUCAGGUCGCUCGCUGCGAACUUUGAGUCGCAAGAUCCAGAAGAAUCUCGGUACCCUGACGAAAAUCGCUGAAGAGCGCCUUGGCAACGUGAGGACGAGCCAAGCGUUUGUUGGAGAGGUCCAAGAAGCUUCCCGCUACAACCGUCAGAUCAAGAGGAUAUUCCAGCUCGGAAAAAAAGAAGCCGUAGUUGCUGCUGGCUUCUACGGCAGUACUGGAUUGAUGGGCAAUUUGACCAUCAUUGCUAUCCUAUACGUCGGAGGCGGUAUGGUGAAGAACGGGGUCAUCUCUAUUGGUGAACUCUCUUCCUUUCUUAUGUACACUGCCUACGCCGGGUCCAGUAUGGUCGGCUUGUCCGGCUUCUACGGCGAGAUGAUGAAGGGCGUGGGUGCCGCCAGUCGUCUCUUUGAACUCCAGGAUCGCCAGCCCACCAUCUCACCAACGAAAGGUCAACCCGUAAGAUCUGCGCGUGGGCCGAUUGAGUUCAAGAGCGUUUCAUUUGCCUACCCAACAAGACCAGCAGUUGCAAUUUUCAAGGACAUCAACUUCAAGAUUGACCAGGGCACAAACGUUGCAAUCGUUGCGCCCAGUGGAGCUGGCAAAUCCACCGUUGCAAGUUUGUUGCUGCGUUUCUACGUGCCAACAGCUGGAACCAUCACGAUCGAUGGACGGGACAUUACCUCGCUUAACGCGAAGCAGUUGAGAAGGAAAAUCGGUUUCGUUGGUCAGGAGCCUGUGCUAUUCUCUGGCACAAUUGCAGAAAAUAUCGCAUACGGUGCGCCAAUGGCGACCCGUGCUGAGAUUGUGGCUGCUGCCCGCAAGGCCAAUUGCCAGUUCAUCAGCGACUUUCCUGAUGGUCUUGAGACUCACGUCGGCGCACGUGGCACACAGCUUUCUGGCGGCCAGAAGCAGCGUAUUGCCAUUGCGCGCGCUCUCAUCAAGAAGCCCGACAUUCUCAUCCUCGACGAAGCUACAAGCGCCCUUGACGCUGAGUCGGAAACACUUGUCAACCAGGCCCUUGGUAAAUUGCUGGCCGAAAACAACACUACAAUCAGUAUUGCGCAUCGUUUGUCGACCAUCAAGCGCUCCGACCGCAUCAUUUGCAUCAAUGCUGAUGGCGAAGUCGCUGAAGAGGGUACUUAUAGAGAGCUUUCGUCUAACCCAGAAGGUGCUUUCAGCAAACUCAUGGAGUGGCAGAUGAGCGGAGGCGAGGUUGAUACUAAGAAAAUCAGAGGUCCUGGGCCUACUGAGGAAGAAGAGAUCGAGCGGGAACUAGAAAAUGAGACAGCAGAGCAGGCCAGCCAGAACAGGGUCUAG